AUGUUCAGUCGUUUCAUAAGUUGGUUAUCGGGACCAGCAGUUCCUGACCAACAACAACAACAACAACAACAACAACAACAACAACAACAACAACAACAGCCCACUGAUAGUACUUCGGUCGAGACAGCAGCAAACGAACAACAUGAGAAGUUUCCAUCAGUUGUACCACAGAGUAGGAAUGUCUUUGCAGAGACAACGCCUACCACUCCAUUGGUAGUUGUCGAGGAGAAGGAGUUGGAAUCAAAGACGAAAGAUGCUCCACAAUCUCAAUCACCAUCGUUGCAGAAACAAGAGUCGUUGACUGCACUUCCCACCGUACAGCUAUGGGAUGCAGACUCUGAUGGUGGCAGUGACAAAGAGGACUUCAUUUCAUUCUCCAACCAAUUCAAUACAGACAAGCCAAUGUCUGACCGUAAGGGUACAUUGAUACAGUACAACACAUACUCUGAGUUUGAGAAGAAACAAUCUGCUCCAGUUGAUUUUGAGGCACCCGUUGACUUGUUCAGUGAUGAAUCAAUCUUAAGCGACUUGCCUCUUCCCUCAAACUCAACUCUCCAACCAUCAGCCACAAAGAAGACAGCAUUGACAACAGCACAGUCCUCCUCAACACCCAAGGAGGCAAACCAACAACAACCUCCAAAGCUCACGAAAGAGAAGUCAUCAAUCUUUGGCAAAGAUUCAUCUGAUCUAUUUUCAUUUGACGCAAGCCAACAAUCCAACUCACAACCAGUUGACGAGUCUCUUCUUGGUGAGUUUGACGCCGACUCCUUCCUCAAGACCAACUUCCGUUUCCCUGGACAAAAGUCAUCGCCUUCACUCACAUCUGCAGUGCCAGAGAAGAAGAUCCAGCCCACUGUCUCUGAAGAUGCCAGGCCUUCUGAUCGAUCUGAGGGCACCGUCACUGCCGCCCCAGCCACUCCAAAGAAGAUAGUGGCCAAAGAGCUUGAGUCCUUGUUCUCUGAUGACCUCACCAUUGGCUUGGAGACUCUUAUUGAAACCAAGAUCAAGGAUACCGCUUCAUCUCUCACAGACUCUUUGUUUGAUAUGUCCACCCCAGUCCCUAAGCCCUCCAAACAGGCAACAAAGAAGAAGGCUGUUGGCUCGAUAUUCGAUGAUGAGCUCGAGGUAUCUGCAGCACUUUCAGAUAUCCUGUCCAAGGAAUCUUCGGACAAACAGGAGCAGCAGCAAAGGAUCGAGAAAAAGGAGACAGAGGCCAAGAAGAAACGUGAGGAUAUCGAUGAUCUGUUCAAGGUAGUCCCUACAUUGCCCACCGCAGUAGUCGUCAAGAAAGAUACGUCCACUGGUGUGAUCGACCUCGAUGACAUUGAGAGGAAGUUCUCCAAGAAGGCUCCUUCUAAGCCGAUUGAGGCCAGCGAUAUAUUCUCAUCUUGGGAACAGGAUAUCGUCUCCACCAACAAAAAAUCAGAAGCAGCAAAGAUGACCAAAGAACAAGAGGAGAGAGAGAAGAAGUUGCAAGUUGAGGCAGAGAAUGAGCAAAGGAGGUUGGCUGAUGAGGCAGAGAAACAAAGAGUAGAGACAGCUCGUUUGGAGCAAGAGCGCCAGACUAAGAUAGAGGAGGAGAAGCGAGAGCAGGAGGUCAAGGCCAAACAGCAAGAGGAGGAACGUAUGGCCAAGCUGGGGGAGGAGAAACUUCUGGCCAAGUUGGCCGAGCAGGAUAAGAUUGAGCAGCUACGUAUCGCCAAGAUGGAACAAGCAAAGCAGGAGGAGGAAAAACUUUUGGCAAAGUUGGAGCAAGAUCGAUUGCACAAACUUGAAGCAGAACUUCUGGCCAAGGUUGAAGAACAGGAGAGAUUGGCCAAGUUGGAAGAAGAGCGACUUGCCAAGAUUGAACAAGAGAGGUUGGCCAAACUGGAGACAGAUCGCCUUGCCAAGAUGGAGGCUGACAGACUUGCCCAGAUUGAACAAGAUAGAUUGGCCAAACUUGAGGAGGAGAGACUUGCCAAGAUUGAACAAGAUAGAUUGGCCAAGCUUGAAGAGGAGCGACUUGCACAGAUUGAACAAGAGAGAUUGGCAAGAUUGGAGAAUGAUCGUCUUGCCAAAAUGGAAGCUGAAAGACUUGCCCAGAUCGAACAAGAUAGAUUGGCCAAGCUGGAAGAGGAGCGCCUGGCAAAGGUUGAACAAGAGAGACUGGCAAGGCUGAAAGACGAACGCCUAGCUAAAGAUGAACAAGAGAGAUUGUCCAAACAUGAAGAGGAACGCCUUGCCAUUAUUGAACAAGAGAGAUUGGCAAAGUUGGAAGAGGAACGCCUAUCAAAGAUCGAGCAAGAGAGAUUGGCCAAACUUGAAGAGGAACGCCUGGCAAAGGUCGAGCAAGAGAGGUUGGCCAAGCUGGAGGAGGAGAGACUUGCCCAGAUUGAACAAGAAAGAUUGGCCAAACUUGAAGAUGAGAGACUUGCCAAGAUUGAACAAGAGAGGUUGGCCAAACUGGAGAAUGAUCGUCUUGCCAAGAUGGAAGCUGACAGACUUGCCCAGUUCGAACAAGAUAGAUUGGCCAAGUUGGAAGAGGAGCGCCUGGCAAAGGUUGAACACGAGAAGUUGGUCAAGUUGGAGGCUGACAGACUUGCCAUUAUUGAACAAGAGAGAUUGGCAAAGUUGGAAGAGGAACGCCUAGCAAAGAUCGAGCAAGAGAGGUUUGCCAAACUUGAAGAGGAGCGCCUGGAAAAGGUCGAGCAAGAGAGGUUGGCCAAGCUGGAAGAGGAGAGACUUGCCAAGAUUGAACAGGAUAGAUUAGCCACACAGGAAGAUGAGCGACUUGCCAAGAUUGAACAAGAGAGGUUGGCCAAACUGGAGACAGAUCGCCUUGCCAAGAUGGAGGCUGACAGACUUGCCCAGAUUGAACAAGAUAGAUUGGCCAAACUUGAAGAGGAGAGACUUGCCAAGAUUGAACAAGAUAGAUUGGCCAAGCUUGAAGAGGAACGCCUUGCCAAAGUGGAACAAGAUAGAUUGGCCAAGAUGGAGGUGGAACGCCUUGCCAAGUUGGAGGUGGUUAGACUUGCCCAGAUUGAGCAAGAAAGAUUGGCCAAGUUAGAAGUGGAGCGACUUGCCAAGAUUGAACAGGAUAGAUUGGCCAAACUUGAAGAAGACGCUCGUCUUACCAAGCUCGAACAAGACAAGUCGACCAAACUUGAGCAGGAGAAACCAACAACAGUUCCUCUUGCUACAAACAUCAUUGCAGAAGACAAGACUGAUCACGCCAAGCUGGUCCACCUUACAAUCGGCAGAACCAAGAUCAAGGGUAGAAACAAGCCAUCAAGGAGAGCUCUGGACAAGCUUACUGGCAAACGAGAGAAGGCUAACAUUCCAAAUCUCAAGGAGCUAGAGGCUCAGACAUUAACACAGUCCGACCAAAGCGCUGACUCCACGUCAGAGGCAACCGAAGCCCCUGUCGAGAGAAAGAUACCAAAGGGUGCUGUUGCUAUGCCAGGAAUGAUGCUUCCCAAGUUUGACCCAUCCACCUUCAAAGGCCUGAAGAAGGCAGCUGUACCAACAAACCAACAAUCCACACCAUCAUCGACCACCACAUCGACAGUCAAUGCCAACCCAAUCCAAUUUCAAUUGAAGUCUGUUGGAGGCAACACAACACCACAACAACAACAACUACCAUCAUCGACACCCCAGUCACCUCAGUUCAACAAACCCUCGGGCCUGAACAGAACAUCAUCCUUUGGAGGAACACAGCCAUCACUCUCUAGGACAUCGUCAUUCGGAGGAUCCACAACGAAAGCACCGUCAUCCCCAAGCAAUGACGGACAGAAGGCACUUGAUGUGUUGUUGCAGUGGGUCAAGCUGAACACCAUUGGUUAUGACGGAGUCAAUGUUGUAAACUUCACCACAUCGUUCACUGAUGGACUUGCCUACUGUGCCCUACUGCAUCACUUCUCACCAAAGUCUUUGGACUUUUCCAAGAUGUCCUCUGCAAACCGAUUGGAGAACAUGAAGACAGCGUUUGACCUUGCUGAGAAGGAUCUCGAUGUCCCUGCAUUGAUGGAUGCAAACGAUUUGAUGGACCUGCCAUAUCCCGAGAGAUUGUCCAACAUCACCUAUCUUUCAGAGUUCUACAAGGCCAUGAAGAGAAAGGGUCUCUAA